AUGACCAUAAUACCAGAAGGCCGUAGUAAAACACUCAAUAAAGCCCACAUUAGAGAGCUUGAAGAAGAAGUGAACCUUUUUGAGAAUCUUUCACAUCCAAACAUUGUGAGAUACUUGGGAACAACUAGAGAGGACGCAUCGUUGAAUAUUUUGUUAGAAAUUGUCCCUGUUGGAUCUAUCUCUUCACUUCUGGGAAAAUUUGGUUCAUUUCCCGAGUUUGUUAUUAGAAUGUACACAAAACAAUUGUUAUUGGGAGUGGAAUACCCUUACAGGAAUGGAAUAAUGCACAGGGACAUUAAGGGAGCUAAUAUCCUUGUUGAUAAUUGUAGAGAAGGGUGCAUAAAACUUACAGACUUUGGUGCAUCAAAGAAAGUUGUUGAGCUAGCUACCAUGACUAGUGCAAAGUCAAUGAAGGGUACUCCAUAUUGGAUGGCUCCAGAAGUUAUCCUUCAAACCGGUCAUAGUUUCUCUGCUGAUAUAUGGAGUGUUGGAUGUACGGUUAUUGAUAUGGCUACAGGAAAGCCUCCUUCGAGCCAGCAAUAUCAGGAGGUUGCUGCUCUCCUCCAUAUUGGGACAACUAAAUCUCAUCCACCCAUCCCUGAGCAUCUCUCUGCUGAAGAAACAGAUUUUUUGUUAAAAUGUUUGCAGAAGGAACCAAACUUAAGGCCUGCUACAUCAGAUCUGCUGCAGCAUCCAUUUAUUACUAGGGAGUAUCAGGAAACCUAUCCUGUGUUACGCGUUUCAGUUAUGGAAAAUUUUGGAAAAAAGAUGGCAACACCUGAGAUGGAGCUUAAGAACUGCAUGGGCCUUAUUAUCAGGACAACCUACACGCAAUUGAAGGAUGGUCAUAAUAGUGUGAGGUGCUCAACUAUAUAUCAUGAGAAGUUCCUAGGAAAUGUCCCACAUUGGGGAUCAGGAAAUUGUGAUGAUGACAUGUGUCAGAUAGAUGAUGAAGAUGAUCUUGUGAUUGAAGCAUCAGCAAAGUUUGAUUUUGCUUUACUUUUUGAUGAUUUUAAUAAGAGUUUUAAUCCUAUAUCUGAGCCCGACAAUAAUUGGCCAUGCAAGUCUGAUGACACUCUAGAGUUGGAAAGUAGAGUGAACUUAUUGUCUAGUCAAACAGUUAACAAGGCUACUGACAUCCCUCGAGCAUCUGGUAAAGGGAACAAUGAUUUUACAUUUCCAUGUGGGCCCUUAGUAGUUGAGGAUGAUGAUGAUGAUAAUGAAGUUAUUGAGUCAAAAAUUAGAGCAAUCCUUGAUGAGAAGGUAUUAUCGCUUCCACUUAAGUUUUCAUUUUUGGUUGUGGAGGCUUUGGGUCGUUUGUUGUCCAGGGCGGUUCAUGGUGGUUUAUUGCAGGGACUUGAGGUGGAUUAUUUGGGAUCAGGCAAUUGUGAUGACGACAUGUGUCAGAUAGAUGAUGAAGAUAAUCUUGUGAUUGGAGCAUCAACAAAGUUUGAUUCUGCUUUACUUUAUGAUGAUUUUAAUAAGGUAACAUAUUUCUUCUAUGCCCUCUAA